AUGCAAUUGGGAAGGCUCCUAAAGUGGUCUCCGGAAAACUGCUAUGCAUGGAGCAAGUAUGCAGAGUUGGAGAAAUCUUUGUCUGAAACUGAGCGAGCCAGAGCUACUUUUGAACAUGCAACUAACCAACCUGCAUUGGACAUUCCAGAAUUAUUGUGGAAGGGUUACGCCAAGUUUGAGGCAUCUGCAAUAGAAGAGAACGGGCAGGGUUCAGACUUGCUAGAAGGAUUCAAAUCACCGCCUCCUUCACUCUAUAUAUAUUUACCCACCAGUCCCCUCCGAUGGAACAACUACGCCAACUGGGAAGAGUCCCAAAAUGCGGAUUUCAAUCGAGCCCGGUCUGUUUGGGAAAGUGCCUUAGAAGUCGAUUACCGUGACCACUCUAGUUGGUUGAAGUACGCCGAUUUCGGGAUGAAGAAUAAAUUCAUCAAUCGUGCUCGGAAUGUCUGGGACCGCGCGGUAACGUUGUUGCCUAGGGUUGAUCAGUUGUGGUAUAAGUACUUUCACAUGGAAGAAGUACUAGGCAAUGUCGCUGGUGCGCGACAGAUUUAUNAUUUGGUAUUUAAAAAGAGGCAGCAAGUAGAGGCUGACGGAUUCAAAUCACCGCCUCCUUCACUCUAUAUAUAUUUACCCACCAGUCCCCUCCGAUGGAACAACUACGCCAACUGGGAAGAGUCCCAAAAUGCGGAUUUCAAUCGAGCCCGGUCUGUUUGGGAAAGUGCCUUAGAAGUCGAUUACCGUGACCACUCUAGUUGGUUUAAGUACGCCGAUUUCGGGAUGAAGAAUAAAUUCAUCAAUCGUGCUCGGAAUGUCUGGGACCGCGCGGGCGAGGCAAUGAGUAAACUGGCGGAUGAUGAAGAGGCGGAGCAGUUGUUUGUGGCGUUUACGGAGUUUGAAGAAGGGUGUAAGGAGAUUGAGAGGGCAAGGGGUAUAUAUAUGUUUGCUUUAGAUCAUCACAUACCCAAGGGGUGUGCUGGGGUUUUAUAUAGCAAGUUUGUGGCAUUUGAGAAAUUGGAAGAGAGUGUGGGAAAUAAAGAUAGGAUUAGAGGGGUUUACGAGAGACCUAUUGCAAAUGUUCCUCCAGCUGAGGACAAGUUGUAUUGGCAGCGCUAUAUAUACUUGUGGAUCAAUUAUGCUUUGUACGAAGAGCUUGUUGUGAAGGACAUGGCGCGGGAUUGA